CAUGUGUUUUUUCACACUGAUACAGCACACCUCUUCAUGUGUUUAUUUCACACUGAUACAGAUCACCUCUUCAUGUGUUUAUUUCACACGGAUACAGCACACCUGUUCAUGUGUUUAUUUCACACUGAUACAGAUCACUUCUUCAUGUGUUUAUUUCACACUGAUACAGCACACCUCUUCAUGUGUUUAUUUCACACUGAUACAGCACACCUUUCAUGUGUUUAUUUCACACUGAUACAGCACACCUCUUCAUGUGUUUAUUUCACACUGAUACAGCACACCUCUUCAUGUGUUUAUUUCACACUGAUACAGCACACCUCUUCAUGUGUUUAUUUCACACUGAUGCAGCACACCUCUUCAUGUGUUUAUUUCAGUCUCUCCUGAGCACACUGAUGAAGCUGAAGAACGACAAAAAGUUGAAACUGUUUCAGAGCCAUCUGAGUCAGGAUUGUCCAGAAUGCAAGAAGAGUCUGUCUGAAGAUCCUUCUGUGCUGGUUAAGUUUAUGAAGUUUAUUAAUGAAUUGUUUGACAGUCAUGAAGCUGAUGAUUACCAAGAAUGCAUUGAGAGAAUGUACAUAGUUGAGAAGAUGCUGGAGACCUGUGGCAGUGAGAGGUCUCUGAAGAUCACACUCAACAUCUUGAGGAACAUGAAGCAGAAGGAUCUCGCUGAUUCACUGGAAAGAGAUGAGCAGCACAAUGAAUCCAUAAAAAGAGCCCAGCAGGAACUGAAAAUUCCUCUGAAGAAGAAGUUUGAAUGGAUCUCUGACGUUUUAGCACAGCAGGGCCACCUGCUCAAUGAAAUCUAUACAGAGCUCUACAUCACAGAGGGGGGAAGUGGGGGGGUUAAUAAUGAACACGAGGUCAGACAGAUUGAGACAGCAUCCAAGAGUCAAACCACACAGGAGACUGCAAUCCCCUGCAAUGACAUCUUUAAGCCUUUACCUGGACAAAAGAAACCCAUCAGAACUGUGCUUACAAAGGGCAUCGCUGGCAUUGGGAAAACCGUCUCUGUGCAGAAGUUCAUUCUGGACUGGGCAGAAGGAAAAGCCAAUCAGGACGUUGAUUUCAUCUUCACUCUUCCUUUCCGAGAUCUGAAUUCUAAGAAGGACAGACCAUUCAGUCUGAUGGAACUUCUGCAAGACUACUUUCCACAGCUGAAAGAGAUCAAAAGCAUUGAAGGUGAUGAAGUCAAAGUUUUGUUUAUCUUUGAUGGUCUGGAUGAGUGUCGACUUCCUCUAGAUUUCCGAAGCAAUAAGAAGUGCUGUGAUAUAACAGAGUCAUCAUCAGUAGGUGUGCUGCUGACCAACCUCAUUAAGAGGAAUCUGCUGCCCUCUGCUCUCCUCUGGAUCACCUCCCGACCAGCAGCAGCCAAUCAGAUCCCUCCUGAGUGUGUCCACCAGGUGACAGAGGUACGAGGGUUCAAUGACCCACAGAAGGAGGAGUACUUCAGGAAGAAAAUCAGAGAUCAGAACCAGGUCAGCAGAAUUAUCUCACACAUAAAGUCAUCCAGGAGUCUCUACAUCAUGUGUCACAUACCAGUCUUCUGCUGCAUUUCUGCUACUGUUCUGGGGAGAAUGUUGGGUAAAGCAAAGAGUGGAGAUCUGCCCAAAACUCUGACUGAAAUGUACACACACUUCCUGCUAAUUCAGACUAAUGUGAAGAAUCAGAAGUAUCAUGGCAUUGAUGAGACAGACUCAAAGAAGAUGUCAGCAUCAGAUAGAGAAAUCAUCCUGAAACUGGGGAAGCUGGCUUUUCGACAGCUGGUAAAGGGCAAUCUGAUAUUCUAUGAAGAGGACCUGAGAGAGAGUGGCAUUGAUGUCAGUGAAGCUUCAGUGUACUCUGGGGUGUGCACAGAGAUCUUUAAAGAGGAGUGUGGGUUGGAUCAGAAGGUCUACUGCUUUGUGCAUCUGAGCAUUCAGGAGUAUCUGGCUGCCUUGUCUGUGUUUCAUUCAUGUGUAAAUGAGAACAGAAAUGUACUCAGAGCAGAAGAAUCAAAACCUUGUAGUGACAGAAUGCAGCUGUCUGAGUUACACAGGAGUGCAGUGGAUCAGGCCUUAGAGAGUAAGAAUGGACACCUGGACCUUUUCCUCCGAUUCCUUCUUGGCCUCUCUCUGGACUCCACUCAUACUCUUUUAAGAGGACUACUGACACAGACAGGAAGCAGAUCUGAUGGAGGAAGACACAAACCAAACUCUUUCUUUCAAAGACUAUGGACAUGGAUAGGAACCACAUCACCUGUACCAGAUCCACAGACACAGGCAGAAAGCAGAUCAGAGAGCAUUGAAAAAACAGUCCAGUACAUUAAGGAGAGGAUCAGAAAGGAGUCUUCAGCAGAGAGGACCAUCAAUCUGUUCCACUGUCUCAAUGAACUGAAUGACAACUCUCUCGUGCAGGAAAUCCUGAAUUCCCUGAGAUCAGGAAAACUUUCUGAUAAAAAGCUGGAACCAGACCAGUGUUCAGCGCUGGCCUUUGUGUUACUGACGUCAGAGGAGAUGCUGGAUGAGUUUGACUUGAAGACCUACAACACGUCAGCAGCAGGUCAUCAGAGGCUGCUACCAGUAAUCAGGAACUGCAAGAAGGCCAUGUGAGUAUUAUGUCAUUAA